UGAAACCCUAGAAAAGGCGAGAGAGAGAGCAAAUGAAGGCCGCGAAACCCUAAGGGCGAGACGAAGGUUUCGGUGCUAGAGAGAGAGAGAGCUAGCAAUGGCGAAGUCAUUGAGGUCGAAGAAGAAGAAGCGUUUGAGAACACUGAGGAGAGAGAUAGCUCAGCCAUUCUAUGACAAGAAGGACGAAGCAAAGAUUGCGGCUCUGGAAGCAGCCCUUGCCGCCCCUAAGCUCGAAGUUCGCAACCCACCACCUUCUUCCUCUUCUAUGGAGGUUGAUACCUCAAAUGGUGGAGCCAACGACAAUCCCAAUUCAAAUUCGAUGUUGAAACCCGGGGGAGGCAUUCAAAAGACAUCGAAAAAGGGUUGGAAAUUGAGGAAGGAAAAGAGGCGUAAAAAGCACAAGAAGCAGAACUUUUGAUUGUCUAUAGAAAGGUGUUCCUACCAGUAGGAACUUGUUCCAGAGUUUACUAGUGUUAGAACCAUGAAAAGAAUAGGAAAUUGGAUUAGUUUUUCCAAUUCUGUCCGUUAAAUUUUGUUAUCAUAUUCGGAACUUUGUUUUUGGUCGAAUGACCCAGCUGAUGAGCAGUUUAUGUGGCAAUAGGAAAUUUAUUUUAAUUUGAGCUGAA